AUGCCCCACACCCUGCAGCACUGCCCUGCACACUGCAUCAAUGCCUUGCACACUGCAGCACUGCCCUGCACACUGCAUCAAUGCCCUGCACCCUGCAGCACUGCCCUGCACACUGCACCCUGCAGCAGUGCCCUGCACCCUGCAACAGUGCCCUGCACACUGCAUCAAUGCCCUGCACACUGCAGGACUUCCCUGUACACUGCAUCAAUGCCCUGCACCCUGCAGCAGUGCCCUGCACACUGCAGCACUGCCCUGCACACUGCAGCACUGCCCUGCACCCUGCAGCACUGCAGCACUGCCCUGUACACUGCAUCAAUGCCCUGCACCCUGCAGCAGUGCCCUGCACCCUACAGCACUGCCCUGCACACUGCAGCAGUGCCCUGCACACUGCAGCAGUGCCCUGCACCCUGCAGCAGUGCCCUGCACCCUGCAGCACUGCAACACUGCCCUGUACACUUCAUCAAUGCCCUGCACCCUGCAGCAGUGCCCUGCACCCUGCAGCAGUGCCCUGCACCCUGCACCCUGCAGCAGUGCCCUGCACCCUGCAGCACUGCAGCACUGCCCUGUACACUUCAUCAAUGCCCUGCACCCUGCAGCAGUGCCCUGCACCCUACAGCACUGCCCUGCACACUGCAGCAGUGCCCUGCACACUGCAGCAGUGCCCUGCACCCUGCAGCAGUGCCCUGCACCCUGCACCCUGCAGCAGUGCCCUGCACCCUGCAGCACUGCAGCACUGCCCUGUACACUUCAUCAAUGCCCUGCACCCUGCAGCAGUGCCCUGCACACUGCAGCAGUGCCCUGCACCCUGCAGCAGUGCCCUGCACCCUGCAGCAGUGCCCUGCACCCUGCAGCAGUGCCCUGCACACUGCAACAGUGCCCUGCACACUGCUGCACUGCCCUGCACACUGCAGGUGCUCUACAGAUAUUUGUUCAGCAAACUCUCGAUCCUUUAUCAUGGAAAAAGAAAAUCUCAAAGGGGGCAGCUAG